CAUCCACGUGUUUUUAGUUUGCGCGGUUUGUGCUGCUCAGCCCUGACCAAGUUCACGUCGUCUCACCCUUUCUGCAGGUUAAACACCGGAUCUCAGCACCAUGUCCACUGAACUCGCUUUACUGAGUGUGUCCGAUAAGACCGGGCUGCUGGACUUUGCGAAGCGGCUCGUGUCCACCGGGUUGUCGCUGGUCGCGUCGGGUGGCACGGCUAAGGCUCUGCGAGACGCCGGACUCUCAGUGAGAGACGUGUCCGAGCUCACGGGUUUCCCAGAGAUGCUCGGCGGUCGAGUUAAAACUCUCCACCCCGCCGUUCAUGGAGGAAUCCUGGCCAGAAACACUCCGUCUGACCAGGCCGACAUGGAAAAGCUGGGCUUUAGUCUCGUGAGAGUGGUCGUGUGUAACCUUUAUCCUUUUGUAAAGACUGUCGCUUCACCGAAUGUGACUGUGGCUGAAGCAGUGGAGCAGAUUGACAUUGGUGGCGUUACUCUUCUCCGUGCCGCGGCUAAGAACCACGCCCGAGUGACGGUGGUCUGCGACCCGGCUGAUUACGAACAGGUGGCGAAGGAGAUGGAGGCUUCGAGCGAGAAGGACACGUCAGUCCAGAUGCGCCAAACUCUUGCUCUUAAGGCGUUCACACACACCGCUCAGUACGACGAUGCGAUCGCGGAUUAUUUCCGGCGCGAGUUCAGCAGUGGAGUGUCUCAGCUGUCGCUGCGUUACGGCAUGAACCCACACCAGAGUCCUGCGCAGAUUUACACACUGAGGCCCGCCCUGCCCAUAAAGGUGCUAAACGGAGCUCCGGGCUUUAUUAAUCUGUGUGACGCGCUGAACGCAUGGCAGCUGGUUAAGGAGCUGAAGAGUGCACUGCAAAUGCCUGCUGCUGCGUCCUUCAAACACGUCAGUCCUGCUGGUGCGGCUGUGGGUGUUGCACUUAGCGAGGAGGAGGCUAAAGUGUGUAUGGUGCACGACAUCCUGAAAGAUCUUACACCCCUCGCUAUGGCCUACGCUCGUGCCAGAGGAGCGGACAGGAUGUCCUCAUUCGGGGAUUUCAUUGCACUUUCCGACCCCUGUGACGUUCCCACUGCUAAGAUCAUCUCCAGAGAGGUCUCAGACGGGAUUAUCGCUCCAGGUUAUGACCCCGAGGCUCUCCGUAUCCUCAGCAAAAAGAAGAAUGGAAAUUAUUGCGUGCUUCAGAUGGAUCCCGACUAUGAGCCCGACGAACAGGAGGUGAGAAUUCUUUUCGGGCUGCACAUGAAGCAGAAGAGGAACAACGGCGUUAUCGAUAAGCAGCUCUUCAGCAAUGUUGUCUCUAGCGGCACCCUGUCCGAGACGGCCGUGCGCGACCUGAUUGUAGCCAGCAUCGCCGUGAAGUACACGCAGUCCAACUCUGUGUGUUAUGCCAAGGAUGGCCAGGUAAUCGGCAUUGGUGCGGGUCAGCAGUCUCGGAUCCACUGCACUCGCCUGGCAGGCGACAAGGCCGAUAACUGGUGGCUGCGUCGCCACCCGAAAGUUCUGGGCAUGAAAUUCCGCGCCAACGUUAAACGUGCCGAGAUCGCUAAUGCUAUUGACCAGUAUGUCAGCAGUACCAUCGGAGAGGGUCCUGAUCUGGCCGUGUGGAAGGCUCUGUUUGAGGAGAUUCCUGAACCUUUGAGCGAAUCUGACAGAAAGCAAUGGCUCGGGUCUCUGCAGGCCGUUGCCCUCAGCUCAGAUGCUUUCUUCCCCUUCAGAGACAACAUCGACCGAGCAAAGCGGAGCGGUGUCGAGUACAUCGCCGCUCCGUCAGGCUCCACUGCUGAUGAGGUUGUCAUCAACGCCUGUAACGAGCUGGGAAUCACUCUGGUGCACACCAACCUUCGCCUCUUCCAUCAUUGAACACGCUGGUUACUCGCCAGCUUUCCAGUUCCUGAGUUCUUAGACCAAGACCUUGCACCACCUCUUACAUUACUGCCUUUCUUUUGCUAAGCAGAUUAGCAUGCUGUUUAGUUUUUUUUUCUGCUUUUGUGCUCUUUAAACAUUCCAUUUUUACUGUAGCUAAUAACAGCUUAAAAUGUUGUACUAUUUCACCUUAAAUGACUGUAGUUUACACUGUAUUAAAUGGUACAAGUCAUGCUCUAAAUGUACGGUUACUGAACACUACAACUUCAUCACAUUCCCUUAUACUGCCUGUGGAAGCUGUCUGAAAUAAAGGAGAUUAAAAUAUGUGCUCAAAAAAUAUAAUUUUUUUUCUUGAAAAAAUUUGGAAAAUAAUGGCUUGCUAUUUAGCUAGCUAGCAUCAUACUGCCUACCCCAAAAUCUCAAAAGCUUGAAUGAUGACGCAAAGUAAUUAAAAUAUUAUUUUAAAAUUCACUGAGUAGCUAGAAUUAGGUAUAUUUAGCUAACCAAAUAAUUAGCUUAAUUUGUUGUCUGUGCUAGUUUGGUAAUUAGAUGGCCAUUUUUUUUUUUAAACAAGUAGCUUGGUGAUGAGCUGAUUUCUUGUUAGCCUUAUUGUUAGAUGAGUUGUCUCUGAUUGGUAAAUAACUGCCUACUCUCAAGAUUGGCCAUUUUUUCAAUAUAUUUUAGCAUGGUGAAAUAUUUCACAAGUCUUAUGUUAAGCUGUUGUCUGUUAGCUUAGGUGUUAGUGGGUUUAUUAGCUAUGUUAGCUUGCUUGUUAGCUAGUGAUUCUCAUGAUUUUACCCAUGAUUGUAUUGCCUAAAUUAGUUUUUUUCUUUUUUCAUAAGCUGAUGUUUUUUUCUUUUAGCUUGGUAUUUUGCUGUGAAGUCACAUUAGCAGAUUUGUUGUCUAUUUUGGCUUCUUUACGAGCUAGCUAGUGACCAAACUCUCUCUGGUAAUUUUUAGCCUGUAUUACAGUAGCUGGUGUUUAAGGUGGCAUUUCUUAUAAUUAGCUGGUUUGUUAGCUGUUUGUCUCUAAUAUACAUUUGUUCAUAAGUUGGCAGUUGUUGGUUGUAUUAAAAUUUAUUAAC